CAGAAGGAAGAAAUAGAAUUUUCCUGGGUGACGUUUGGACUGUCAGCUCUUUUGGGCAGAGGAGUGAUUGUCAUUUUGACUGCUGCUCUCUAGUCGGUCUAUUCUACUACAACACUAAUAACUAGUAACUGGGGGCGGAGUCAGGAAGAGACAGGAGCGGAGUAACUGUGACUGAGGAGCCAAUCAGAAGGCAGGAUGGGAAAGAGACUGGUCGGGCGCUACAGUAAAGGAGCAGCAGCAGCCGAAUGUGUCUCACUGUCCCGGGGCUUGUGCACAAAUAAAUACGGGGCAGGGAGGCAGAUUAUAGGGACUGGUAGCCGCCUCUCAAACAAACGUGACUGCAAUAAGCCCCGCCUCUCACGUGAGGAGACGUUGCGGCUCAGCGAGUCGCUCUCAGGUCUGUGGUACCUCAAAGCUCCUCCCCUCAAUGACUUUCAUCCCAGCACAUCUACCAGAGGCGGGGCCUGGCUGCUCUAAACCAAUAGCAGUUUCUUCCUGUACCGCCGAAUGCCCCGCCCCCGGACUAGCGGCCUCCUCUGUCUCAGUUCUCCGCUCCUGAGCAGCGGCACCGACUCUACAGCUUCCCGGGACUCCCGCUCUUUCCUGCCUGAGCUUCAGUCCGUCCGCUCGACUAAGUAAUCGGGAGAGAGGAGGAGUUUACGGAACAAACACGGCUGCUCGGCCUGAAGUGUCUUUCACUGCCAUGUCCCUCCGGCAUUCCCUGGGGCCUCUCCCCGACUCCUCCCUCGCCGACAUCCACAACCUGCAGCAGCUCACUUCCCAGCAGGUCUCACGUCUCUGCAACAUCAUCUUUGUAUUUCUAAAGGAGCAGAAGGAGCAGGACUUCCAGCCUCAGAUUGAUGAUUUUGCCAGGGACAAUGGGAUCAGCCUUGGGCCAUUGAAAAGCAUUGUGAAAAGUACCUUCCUCAUCCUCAAUGAUGCAUUAAAAAGGAAUGUGAGUGCGGAGCAGCUGAGAGCAGAUUUGAUAGGUCUGGGACUCGAUGAAGAAAAAGCCUCGUACUUUGAGCAUCAGUGGGGCACUGACCUGUCGCUGCUCAGUUGGAUGGCUGCAGAACGAACAUUACUGAUAAAUCAAUUGGUCGACAUGGAGUGGAAAUUUGGAGUUACAGCUGCCAGCAGCGAGACGGACAAAUCUGGAAGUAUCUUUCUACAGCUGAAGAUGAUGAUACGGAGAGGCAGCGUCACUGAGCCCGUGUAUGUAGAGCUGACGCUCCCUCAGUUCUACAGUUUCCUGCAUGAGAUAGAGCGUGCCAAGAACAGCCUGGAAUGCUUCAGCUGAGGGGCCUCAUGAGGGCUCACUCCCUGCAUCUCCACUGGCACCUCCACUGGCACCUCUCAGGUUCCACCGCUGGCACAUAAACUGAACUGAUGAACUUCCCAUACCAGUGACAUAAGGAACUCACCCCCAAACUGGAACAGGGGCUCAUGACUUUGUACACUGGGUGCCCUGUCUCACCACAUUUAUAUACUCUAUACUCUACUGUAUACUCUACUGUAUACUCUACUGUAUACUCCACUGUAUACUCUACUGUAUACUCUACUGUAUACUCUACUGUAUACUCUACUGUAUACUCUACUGUAUACUCUACUGUAUACUCUACUGUAUACUCUACUCUAUACUCUACUGUAUACUCCACUCUAUACUCCACUCUAUACUCUACUGUAUACUCUACUGUAUACUCUACUGUAUACUGUACUGUAUACUCCACUGUAUACUCCACUGUAUACUCCACUCUAUACUCCACUCUAUACUCUACUGUAUACUCCACUGUAUACUCCACUGUAUACUCCACUCUAUACUCCACUCUAUACUCUACUGUAUACUGUACUGUAUACUCCACUGUAUACUCCACUCUAUACUCCACUCUAUACUCCACUGUAUACUCUACUGUAUACUGCACUGUAUACUCCACUCUAUACUCUACUGUAUAGUCCACUGCAGCAGUAACAGGCCCCUAUCAGCCCAGUAGCAGUGCACUAUUAGGAGAUCUGUCCCUUUUCGGCCUCUGGAGCAUUAUUCCCCCAACAUCAUUGUGUAUUCAGGCUGUUUAAUAUCCCCCCGUACUGUAUAUAGUCCAAUGUGCUUGGGCGGUUUUGCCAAUUCCAGUGUUACUGUCUGACCAGCUGGGCGAGGCCAAUAAUCCUGUGACACCAGUUGAUUGAGAAUUCUGGGCCCUGAUUUCUCUCCGUCAGCUGAAAGGGAGUCUCAGCUCUGUGGAUCCUCCACUGCUUGUCCAUAGGGGCAUAAACUGACCAAUCAGCUGUGCCAGCAGCUCAGUGCCAUCCACACCAGCCAAUCAUGUGUUUGUACAGAAGAUACAUUUCUUUGGAUUGCAUUUCAAUAAAGAAAGAUGUAAAUGUAA